UAACCAAUGCGCCCCUCGGCUGGCCCAGCUGUUGAUGAUUUUAAGUGGAGAAAUUGAGUAAAUAAGAUGUUUUUUCCCAGUUCAGUGUAUUGGUUACCUGCAAGAGUAUUUUCCUACAAAGAAUGGAUAUAUACAAUUGUUUUAGAACACUGGGACAGCAGUGUUGGUGGGUGGUUACCUCCUUUUAUUAUGACCCAAGAAAGUAGGUUUCCAGGAAUUUGACUAGCGUAGCCACUAGAGAUUUAGUACAACAAACAGGGCUAUCCAGAUCCCUCUGUUUUGAUUUGCCUUGAAAGCCAAAGGGAAGGAGAGCAAGGAGAAUAUAUUAACCGCAGAGCAAAAAUCCCUAUUGUUCUUAUAUCUAAAAGAUCUUUAUCCCAUGGGCUCAUCCCUUACACUCUACUUAGGUGGUUCACAUGUGUACAUUCCAUGCCCCCAAUUAGCCAAUGCUGGGGAUGGGUAACCUCUGCUGUGUCUAUGUUUUGUGUUCUAGCUCCAAACCCAUCAAAAUCAUUCCUUGUCCUUCUAGGUGUUUCCAAUGCUGUGCCCUGGGGGUGUGCUCUUGCUCUUAGAACCCCAGAGAACUUUGCUUGCCCCUUUUCUAUGACCCUUAAUUUAUUGUAACAUUAUUAGAGCUUUUAUAUGUCAGGUGAGGACAUUUCUUGAAGAAGGAGGGGCUUUCGUCUGGCCUAUUUGUGGUGCCUCCCAGUUUUAGCCCCGAGCUUCACAGUCACGGGUGCUCAUGACCCCUUUUGGUGAACUGAGAUACUCAGUCUCCUUGGGAAGAUGAUCUAUGCAUAGAUCAGCUGGAUAGCUCUCCUCUCCAGGAGCCUGCAGGUUCAUAAGGUACUGGAAUGCCAAAUAGUGACCUCAUAAAGCAAGCAUUCCCCUCGUAGACCUAUUCUCUGUGACCUCUGGAAUCUAGACUCCGAGGAAAUCACUAAGCAGAGAUUUUCUGUUGGAUGAUAAAAGAAAGGAAUAAAAAUUGCAAAUUUGGAAAAUGUCUCAACACUUUUAUAACCAGACCCGCACAAGAGCCAUUUCUAGUUCAUUGUUGGAUAAUACAUCAUCGAUGUUCUGUGCGAGAUUCAGGACAUUUCAGAGGAAAGAUACUCAGUGUCAGGCAUUUGUGAAAAGAAUCAUAAUGAGUCGUCUCUUUAAGAUAAUUAUGAUUAGCAUCAUCUCAAUGAAUGCCUUUUUGAUGGUCUUGCAGACUGAUUAUAAAAUAAGAUACAAAUUGUUCAGAGUUUUUGAGUUCGGGGAAAUCGUCUUCGUGGCCGUCUAUAGCGCCGAGUUCUACCUGAAGCUCUACGUGGACCCCAUCAACUACUGGAAGGAUGGCUACAACUUGUUAGACGUGGUGGUUAUCCUCAUUCUCAGCAUCCCCUACAGUCUCCGCAAGAUCAAGGGCAUGCACUACCCUUACCUCAACGUUGCAGAUGGCUUGCAGUCCCUGCGCAUCCUCAAGCUUAUCUCCUAUAGCCGUGGCAUCCGGACGCUCAUCACCGCCAUGGGGCAGACAGCCUACACCGUGUUCUCUGUGCUGUUCCUGCUCUUCAUCCUGAUGUACAUCUUCGCUAUCCUGGGCUUCUGUCUGUUUGGAAUAACAGACCAGGGCGACAUGAAUAACUGGGGAAACCUGGCUGUGGCCUUCUUCACCCUCUUCAGCUUGGCCACGGUUGAUGGCUGGACAGACCUCCAGCAGCAGCUGGACACCCGGAAUUUUGCUCUGAGCCGGGCGUUCACCAUCAUCUUCAUCUUGCUUGCCACCUUCGUUUUCCUCAGCAUGUUCGUGGGUGUGAUGAUCAUCCACACUGAGGACUCCAUCAAAAAGUUUGAGCAGGAGCUGAGGCUGGAGAGGCACAUGGCCGUCAUGGAAGAGAAGCAUGUGGUUGUAAAGCGGCAGCAGGAGGAGGUCAGCAGGCUGAUGCAGACACAGAAAAAUGCUGACUGCAAAAGUUUCAGUGAGCUGGUGGAGAACUUCAAGAAGACCCUGCGGCACACUGACCCCAUGGUCUUGGAUGACUUUGGCACUAGCCUACCCUUCAUCGAUGUCUACUUGUCCACUCUGGACAACCAGGACGCUACGAUCUAUAAGCUUCAAGAGCUGUACUAUGAGAUCGUGCAUGUGCUGAGCCUGAUGCUGGAAGACCUGCCCCAGAAGAAACAGUCCCACUCCUCAGACAAGGUUGACAAGAAGUAGCUGGGCAUGGGCACCGAGGCACUGAGAGCGUUGAAGGCCGUGAUAGGGCCCCAUUAAACGGGCUCUCUGAGUUGGCCUCUUCAUGUUUGCUGUGAUCAUGGUGUUUCCCUACCUUUGGGGUAGGUGCUCAUGAAGCCUGAUUCCCCGAACCACCCACUGUCACACGUACACAAGACACGGCUAGACCUUGGGAGUGGGGAGAUGGAGGCUCAAGACUUGCCCUGGACAGAGGCCACAUUCAGGGGCCACACUGGCUCUCUUCUCUCUUGACCCCCAAUAGCAAAUAUCCACUGUGCUCCUGGGGAAGUUGCCUGAAGACCCCGGACCAAGAAGGGCCUCUGACAGCCCCAUAAGAGUGUAUGGUUCCUUUGGGCUGGUGUGGCCUACUUCCCUCUUGGAACCUCUACUGGGCUCAUCUAGGGGGUGCCCCACAUCUGUCAGAGCUGUCUCUCCCUGUGGUACCACUGCCGUGGGGAUCUCUCUUUAGAAGUCUACUCUGUUUUCCCCUCGGCUACAGUGGUCAUGGUGCUCCAAGGGGUGCAGCCGUGGCUGGCAGCACUCUGUUGUGUGGGCACCGGGCUCAGGGUGGGCUGUCCUGGGGGAGUGGCCUGCCAGGGCAGUGCCAGGGCACCUCAUAUGGGGCCAGAGGAGUGGCAGCAUCAGGCAUUUUGGGCUGCUUUCCCCCUUAUGGUUGGUUAGGACUCUUCAUUGAAAAGGUGGAGUUUUCUGUGACAUUCCUGGCCAAAUGACUGCCAGAGUUGCCAGCAUGCUGGUACCACCAUGGUCCAGCCAUGAUGGAACCAUCCGAAGGCCCUGAUAGGGCAGGGUGGCUGGUACCUCUUGCUCCCUCCUGGCCUAGCCAGAGGCAUGGCAGUGCCCCCUCUGCUCCAUUGCUGGGGAGUAUUCUUGAGACCUGUCACCUUGGUAGUGCCAUCUGUCAGAGGGAGGGGCAGGUUUUGGGGAUGGGGCAGACCAGCACCUAUAGCUGAGUGGAAACAGGCUCCAGACUCACACUGGGGAGUCAGGUCAGCAGAACACAUGAGGGGUAGAAUUGAGAGUGGGUACACAAAAAGGUCCCUUGGGUGGGCCCACGGGCUCCAGGCCUGGGUGACGGCACCCCUGAGGCCAUAGGACCAGGGCAGGUGGAAGCCUAUACUCAUGGUUUCAUUCAUACAUUGCCUGCUAUUUACUGAGCUGUGUUGAGUGCUGGGGGUUCUGUGAUGAGAAACCUAGUCUAGUCCUAGCCCUCUUAGUGCUCACGAUUGCACAGGGGGAACAAUCCAGCCAGAUAAACAAAGCCAAGGAUUGCUCUCGAGUGUGAGACCCAUCGCCAUGCUGGUGUUGGGGAAUCCUCUGAGGGCAGGGAGUGCAGCCUAGUUGCUUCCUGGGGUGCAGAGAACUUCGUGUAAAUGCCUUGGGAGGUGUGUCUGAAGUAGCAGGGUGUCUGUGCCCUUUGUGGCAGGGGGAGGAUCUCGGCUUUAUGCAUCCAGUGCCUAACCAUGAAGGCUGGGGCCUUCCAGGGCUGCUCUGGUGGGUGCAGCCCAGUCAGCAGGGCAGGCAGACUUCGGGCAAUGGUUCAAUUCAGGGCUGGGGCAAAACAAGCAUUGCCAACUGCUCACACUGGGUGUGCCAGCGUUGCUGGGGAAUAUGAAAACACAUCCACCUGCUCUCACCAGGAAUCCUGGGAAUUGCCCCAGGCAUCUGGGAGUGAACAAAAUAUUUAAAAACUUGCCUCAGGGAGGCAAGUUAGAGAGUACCAUGGUUUUGGAGUUAGGACACCUGGAUCCCUUAAUCCGAUGACCUUGGCAAGGUAUCUGAUCUUUGGAAACCUCAGCUAUUUUCUCUGAGAAAUGGGCUGAUGAAAACUGACCAGCUAUCAGGAUCAAAUGAAAUACUUGUGAGAGUGUAACAAGAAGAUGUAGACAACUCAUGGUUUGAGCUUUCUGGCUAUCCGCUCUACCUUUCUGGCUGCCAGCUGCAGUGGGCUUUGCCAAUCGGGUUAAGAGGGACUGGGCCAAAGCCAAGGUGGGGGAGGAAAGUAUGGAGCUGAGAGCAGGGAGCAGAGGUUAGGAACUGUGGGGGGUGCGGUGAAUGGGCCUCCAGAUGGAGCUGGUAAGAUGGGCAGACUGAAAGGUGGACCCGGAAGGCCUGGGUCCCCUGCCCAGCAGGCAAGCCCCAGGCAUGUGGUAGGGAAGGGCAGCUGCCUUUAAGGGCACAAGCAGAAGGCUGUCACGAGCGGAGAACUGGGAGAGGGUGGCAUGCCGAGGGCUGGCCCAACACUUGGCAAAUCAAGCCAAUGGAUAUUUGGCUCUAUUUGCCUGUGGAGCAAACACUGGCAGAUUAGAAUUCCCACUUGGGCUCUCACCAACUCAAACAGGCUUGGCCAAGGCUUUCGAUUGAUUUGCUCAGGGCAGAAGUGACUACUUGCCUAAGCCUGGUGGUGGAAAGCAGGACCCUCCUCCCUACCCCCAGCCAUGGGAUCCAGCAGAGCUUCCCCAAAUGGCUCGCUGAUCUCCAGCCUGGUGGUUUGGGGGCUGCAGUGGGAUGCAGGGGACCUUGGCCUGAGUCGUCUGGUCGCACCCAGGCCUUCCCCCAGCUCUCGUAGGAAAGAUCUGGAAUCCAAGGCUGGAGGUGUUUGGAAGGUGUCCGAUUUUUUUUUUUAAACUGCUGUUGAUUCCACCAGCAGGAAGCAGUCCUUAUAUUAUGGAGAUCAAGGCAGUGACUAUGAAUAUAAGCUCCUGUUUAUUCCAACAGCCCCUAGAAGUCCAGUACUGAGAUGCUCAAAGCUGCACAACUCCUGUUUUCUUCAAAUGUGGGUGAGACAGGACACUUUUUAAAACAAACUGCCCUUCGCCAGGUGAGACUCUGCUCUCAGUGGUAUCUCUACCUGUUUAGUCUCCGUCCCUGGCCCCAAACUGCCUGGGCCUGCUUCACUGUCCCACAGACUCUCAAGAGAGAAGAUGGCCCCGAAUUCCUAACUGGGCGACUCAGAAAGGAGAGGUAAUUGCUGAUUCUAGUCACGGGGGUGGGAAAGGAGGAGAAGGAGGUAGAUGUGAUGGAGAGAGAUUUAUCAACACGUGAGGGCCCACUCCUCCCCACACUGCCACCAUUCUGUCUGUGGUCGGCCGCAUGCCUCACCUUACCGGAGUUGUGGCUUUGAUUUUGCUUUCGGCUUGGUGUGAUGUAGCAGCGCUGGGAGAAUGGGGAGAGCCAGGACUGGAGAGCUAGAAGGACAGGGAGCAUCCGUGCUUUCUUGGUCAGCUCCUGGUAGAGAAUCAAGGUCAUGGGCGCUGGGACAAGGGGGGAAGAAGGAAAUAAAAAUAGGGCCAGGAGUCAGAGACUUUUGGACAGAGGCUCUGAUACGGCUGGAGUGCGAGACCUGGACAGGGACGCAAUGGGGACAAGUGACCUGAGGGGUAGGAGCUGGAUCCUGAUUGGUGUUCUUUGA